AUGGAUACUCCCAGGGUCCUGCUCUCGGCCGUCUUCCUCAUUAGUUUUCUUUGGGAUCUGCCGGGUUUCCAGCAGGCGUCGAUCUCAUCCUCCUCCUCGUCCGCGGAGCUGGGCUCCACCAAGGGCAUGCGGAGCCGCAAGGAAGGGAAGAUGCCGCGGGCGCCGCGAGAGAGUGCCGCGGGCCGGGCGUCCCCGGAGGGCCAGGAGCCGCGGCCGCAAGACGAGCCCCAAGGGCAGGCGCCCCAGCAGCGCCAGGCGCAGGAGCCGCCAGGCAGGGGUCCGCGCGUGGUGCCCCACGAGUACAUGCUGUCAAUCUACAGGACUUACUCCAUCGCCGAGAAGCUGGGCAUCAAUGCCAGCUUUUUCCAGUCUUCCAAGUCGGCUAAUACGAUCACCAGCUUUGUAGACAGGGGAUUAGACGAUCUCUCGCACACUCCUCUCCGGAGACAGAAGUAUUUGUUUGAUGUGUCCACGCUCUCAGACAAAGAAGAGCUGGUGGGCGCGGAGCUGCGGCUCUUUCGCCAGGCGCCGGCAGCGCCCUGGGGGCCCGCGGCCGGGCCGCUCCGCGUGCAGCUCUUCUCCUGCCUGCCGCCCCUGCUGCUGGACGCGCGGACCCUGGACCCGCAGGGGGCGCCCACGGCCGGCUGGGAAGUCUUCGACGUGUGGCAGGGCCUGCGCCGCCAGCCCUGGAAGCAGCUGUGCUUGGAGCUGCGGGCCGCGUGGGGCGAGCCGGACGCCGCGGAGGCCGAGGCGCGCGCGCGGGGCCCCCAGCAGCCGCUGGCCCCGGACCUGCGGAGUGUGGGCUUCGGCCGGCGGGUGCGGCCCCCGCAGGAGCGCGCCCUGCUCGUGGUGUUCACCAGGUCCCAGCGCAAGAACCUGUUCGCCGAGGUGCGCGAGCAGCUGGGCUCCGCCGAGGCUGCGGGCCCGGGUGCGGGAGCCGAGGGGUCGUGGCCGCCGCCGUCGGGCGCCCCGGACGCCGGGCCUUGGCUGCCCUCGUCCGGCCGGCGGCGGCGGCGCACGGCCUUCGCCAGCCGGCACGGCAAGCGGCACGGCAAGAAGUCGAGGCUGCGCUGCAGCAAGAAGCCCCUGCACGUGAACUUCAAGGAGCUGGGCUGGGACGACUGGAUUAUCGCGCCCCUGGAGUACGAGGCCUAUCACUGUGAGGGCGUGUGCGACUUCCCGCUGCGCUCGCACCUGGAGCCCACCAACCACGCCAUCAUCCAGACGCUGAUGAACUCCAUGGACCCCGGCUCCACCCCGCCCAGCUGCUGCGUGCCCACCAAAUUGACUCCCAUCAGCAUCCUGUACAUCGACGCGGGCAAUAACGUGGUCUACAAGCAGUACGAGGACAUGGUGGUGGAGUCCUGCGGCUGCAGGUAGCGGCGCCUUUCCCGCCGCCUGGGCCCGGACCGCAGGGAGGCCCGGCUGCAGAGAGGCGGAGGAGGAAGCAGGCC